AUGGGGAUGGGACAAAGAGAGGGAUUUCUGAGGACUUUUUUUCCCUCUGGGAAAAACACGGGUGUAACAGUCGCAGAUGAGGAGACGCCAGAUCGAACUGUCCUUGCUAAUGCCUGGAAAUCAUGGAUGGAAGAACAUAUAGAAGCCACAGGUAAGGCACCACCAGGGAAUUUUGCAGGAAACACCACCUGGGUUGGUGCCCCACAGAGGCCUCCAGACUUGCAGUUGACGCCUGGUCGCCAUGUUCAGCUGACUGUUCCACUAGAACAGCUGAUAGAUCGGUUGGUGAAGGAGAACAAAGUGGUAGCCUUCAUCAAGGGAUCUAGGAGUGCUCCCCAGUGUGGAUUCUCGCAAAGGGUGGUGGGAAUCUUGGAAGCACAUGGAAUGGAUUUUGUAACGGUUGAUGUGCUUGAUGAGGAACACAACCAUGGGCUGAGAGAGACCCUGAAGACGCACAGCAACUGGCCGAUGUUUCCACAGAUUUUCGUUGGAGGGGAGCUUGUGGGAGGCUGCGAUAUUAUUUCAUCCAUGGCUGAAAAGGGGGAGCUUGCUGCCCUAUUUCAGAAAUAG